GUGCCAAAGUUCGCAUGCCACCGCUAACCGGAGCGUGCCCGUAAACGCAGAAUCGCGACGCUGCGACCCGCCACCACCCCCCUUCCCGUCGCGGUCCAUCCACCCUCGCAGUCCCCUCCCGGCGGUGCUCAUUACUCCUAGCUCUUCGUAUCCGCUCGGAUUGAACAAGGCAGCGCGAUUACUCGAUCUACCGUUGCACUCUCCGGAGGCACUCUCCACUCGGCUACACGGCAAUCUCGUCUCGGAUCAAACUGUGCGUCGGCUCCAGCGAACGCGCGGUACCCGAUCGCAAAACAGGCAUCUGGUGCACCUUCGGUGCGCGUUCUCCGAUGUCAACGACCUGUCGAAGGUGACACACGUCGACGAAGCGUCGACGAACCAGGCUACGAUCACCGCUGAUCGAUCUCGAGCCGACGGUGUUCGAGCGGCGUCAUCGACGUGACUCGCUCGUGCCCGAGAUAGGCAAACGAAGAAGCGGCUCGGUCGAGGAAGUUUGCAUAACGUUCGGCGGCUAACAUCCGGGGGUUGCGUGUGCUCAGAGUGCGGAGGGAGGACGAAGGAGAGAGAUAGGUCGAGGAUGCUCGGAACGUACACCUACGUCGUUCGCACGCGUCAGAGUGACGCGUGCUGAUCGGACUCGCGAAGGUGGUGGCUGGUGUUCGAUGAGUGCGGGUGAUGACAGAUGUGUCGGUCGUCGCCGCGGAGUGUGGUCCAUCGUCGUUUCUCUAUUAGCGCGACGUAGCUCGCUCGGUCGCGCUCGCGUUGAUGCGAUAUAAGCAAAGUGCGAGAGAGAAAACAGAGGAAGAAGAAGAAGAAGAAGAAGAAGAAGAAGAAGAGGGUAACGUGACGCAGGAUCGGAAGGCAAGGAUGAGCAGCACCGAGCAAUACCUCUACAAGCUGUUGGCCGUCCUCCUCUGCUGCGAAGCAUGCAGCUACGGCUUGAUGCUGGAGGAGGAUAAGGAACCGAAUUAUCUAACCGCGGGGGUGGGAGAGUACGCGGUGUUUAAUUGCGAUCUUGAUUUUCCGCACGAGACGCCGAUCCCGUACAUCCUCCAAUGGAACCGCAACGGCCGCACGGUGUUCUCGUGGUACGACGGGCGCGUAUCGCUGGAGGACAACUACAAAGGUCGUAUACACUUGUUGGACGAUAUCGGCCACCGUGGGUACGGCCAGGGUAGUAUAAAUCUCACGAAUAUCCGCGAGAGCGACCAAGGCUGGUACGAGUGUAGGGUGAUCUUCCCUAACAGGACGCCCAACUCCAGGAACAAUGGCACGUGGUUCCACCUCGCCAUUGAUGGUGCGUCGCCGUUCCCGACGACUGUUGUAGGUGAUACUCUCCUAGCGAUACCGCCUGUCAACAAAACUGCCAUGGAGGGUGAGCCCGUGAGUUUCGACUGUGUAGCCAAGGGCGAGAACACGAUAGUGACUUGGCUACGCGAGAAAACACCCAUCCCGGAAAUACAGGAUCUCAUGAAACGAGCGUCCAUCGGUAGCGACGGGACGUUAACCAUAAAUUCAGCCGCCAUGGGCGACCUCGGGGAGUACACCUGCGUAGUAACAGGAGAGACUGGAGACCAGCAGAGCGCCUCGGCCUUUCUAAAUGUACAAUAUAAGGCGAAAGUGAUCUACGCGCAGCGACAGGUCUAUCUACCGUACGGCAAGCCGGCCCUCCUGGACUGCCACUUCAGGGCGAAUCCGCCGCUGACGAACUUACGCUGGGAGAAGGACGGAUUUCUCUUCGACCCUUACAACGUGCAGGGGGUCUUCUACAGGAGAAACGGAUCUCUGUAUUUCAGCAAAGUGGACGAGACGCACUCGGGAAGAUACAGCUGUACGCCCUACAACGAGCUAGGCACCGAAGGGCCCAGCCCUUUGAUCACCGUGAUAGUUCAAAGGCCGCCGGUGUUCACGAUAACGCCGCAGCACCUGUACAUGCGAAAGCUAGGCGACAGCUUGGAGAUCCCAUGCGACGCCAGGGACGGCGACGACGCGCAUCGACCAACCAUCGUGUGGUAUAAAGACGGAUCGCCCCUGUCGCCCGAGAGAACCAGCAUGAUCGGCGGCAAUCUGACGAUAAGGAAGAUCCAGGAACACGACCGAGGGCUGUACCAAUGCGCGGCCAGCAACGAGGCGGCGACGGUCGUCGCGGACGCGGAGCUGAUGGUGCUGAACGUCCCGCCGCGGGCGCCGUACAACCUCAGCGCCAACAGCAGCAAGAACGCCGUCACCUUGACUUGGGUGCCCGGAUACGUGCGGCCCAGGAUGGAGUAUUCAGUAUGGUACCGGCCCACGGACACGUCCGAGUGGAGGACCAUAAAGAUCCUCUCGAAAAAACUCACGGAGGCGACGGUGAGCAAUCUCCAUUCGGGACGGGAGUACGAGUUCAUGGUUCUCAGCCAAGACAAGCACGGCGACGGGAUGUUCAGCAAGACGCUUCGGAUAUUCACGCAGCCGAGUUCCAUCGACGAGAACUCGGCGUCGGAAUUCCACGGCCUGCAAGAAACCGAGAUUGUGGGAGCGCCGCUCAACGUGAGAGUCCAAGCGACGGUCGAGGGUUACCUGGUGACUUGGGAGCCGCCCGAGUACGGCAAGAAUCAAGUCAGGCUCUACACCGUCAGGUGGUUCAGAGGACCGUCGGAGCAACUGUACGGUAGAGCGGAAACGACGGACACUUAUUAUUUAGUGAAAACUCUGGAGGAGGAGAGCUAUUAUACUUUCGAGGUGGCCGCGGUGUCCCUCAUUGACGACGUGGCUACGAGCGAGCGGGUCGGUUUAGAAGUGCCCGCGUACCGCCGCAAUCGUGCGAUUUCUAUGGGUAUCGUCGCCGGUAUAGGUUUUUUAGCGGCGGCGUUGGCCGCUGUGUGGUGGGCGAGGAAGCGAUUCUGCCAGCCGACUAACGAGAAGUAGCCGAAAACCCACAUCGGAGAUACGUGCAUGUACUCAAGCGGAGAGAGAGAGAGAGAGAGAGAGAGAGAGAGAGAGAGAAAGAGAGAGAGAGAGAGAGAGAGAGAGGGCAAGAGAGGAGGAGUAGUUGACCGUAGUACGAGCUCACGAUUGAUUAUAAAUAUUCAUGUCGCUCGUACGAUCAGCAGCAACGGAUUAUUAUAAUAUGAAAGUUAAUAUCACGUGUGUAAAAAGAAAAAAAGAGAAAAAAAAACAUCAAGUGGUCGCGGGACACGCUCGUGGCCCAGCAAGAGAAGGUAUCGAGAUUUGACGAGACCUAUAAUUUCGAAACUUCGACGAGCGUGGACAAAAAUACAAAAAGAAAUGAGAGAAAGAGAGAAGAAAAAUAGAAGAACGUAUUUAUCCGAUAUACGAGAUAAUAUCAGGGAUGUCGCGUAAAAUAUAAAACGACGACGGUGAGACCAAUGGAAGGGGGGGAUUUACAUGUCAGGCAACACGCGCGAGUGCUUGAAGAGGCGAUAUCUCCCCCUCCAGCGAGCGAGCGAUCUUAUAUUUACCGAACUCUCUAUCCAAGUUACUACCGAGUGUUCUUGCAUCGCUAAUUAUAUCAUACUUUAUGUGUCGUUUAACGGCUUUAUUAGGUAAUUGCACGUUACAAACGGCUAGACUUCAUGCGCGAAUCACAGGUCGUCGACCGCCGAACGCGUCGAGAGGAACCGUGCAUGCGCUUUUCACGCAGAUUACGCCGCGCGUUUCUCUGGGUCUUUCCUUUUUCUAUUGUAAAUAAGUUGUACGUACGCGUCGCUGUGCACGAGCGUCCUCUCUCGUUCCUUUGUUAGUACUUGUACACACUUGACUUUCAAUUGGACACGACACGCGCAUUGUCAUAUAUACCUGUACAUCGCAAUAGUUGCAAUUAACAAUAAAGAAUAAGUGAGGAGAAA